UAUAGUAAAAUAUGAAAUAGAAACGUAUAGUCGAAUUUCCUGUUUACCAUGACACGCACGUAUAUUUUUGGGGGACUACUCCCAAAUAGUUUAAUAUAAAAUGGGUUGUGGUAGUAUUAAGAAUUAGACAAAGUUAAGCUUCACUUACGCAUAGACCGAUGACAUUGUUCUAUACUUAACAAUACAUCGAGCUUGCUUUUAUUAUAUUCAGUGAAUAAAUAACUUUAAUUUUAAAUUUCUUACACAUACGACAAAGUGGACUUCGUCGUUGAAUCGUGCUGAACCAUCUUCACCAAGACCGUUCACUACAACUAGAAGCCAGUAUAUUUUUUUUUUUCAAGCAUCUCCACGCUAACAGAAAUUCUCAUUAUGAACAGAAAUAUAAUAACAAAAAAACAGCGUAUGAACACGAUUGGAAGUGGACUUAUUGAAAUAGAAAGAUUUAGAAAAGGUUCAAAAACUUUCGUAAUUAAGAACUGUGAAAAUUAUAUAGAUUACAAAUUAUUUUUUAACUAUAUUUUACAUGAGUUAAUUUUAAAGUUAAGACAAUCGUGUAUUAAAACGUCGAUCAAAUUUAAUUUACACGUUGACGCUACUUACACACGUCCUAUAACACAUGAUAAACAAGAUGUAGCUUUUAAAACUUCGAAUGUUUUAGCAUGUAAUUCAUCCGAUUUCGCUAGUUUGUUAAACAUAAAGUUUGAUAAAAUAUUAGCUGAAGAAUCUGAAUUUAUUGCUAAAGGUUCAGGAUGGACACUUGUUUCAAUAGAUGGGUUACAGUUGAGAAUCAAUUUAGUAAAUCCAUUAAAAGGAGGUACAUAUUUAGAUUUACCUAAAUUUAUACGAGAAAAAAAGGCUAUUAUAAACGUUAAAAAUAAAGAUAAAUACUGUUUUAAAUAUUCUAUACUAACCAAAUAUGAUAAGCGUUCUAAUAAAUCACGAUUUAACCAAAAAUAUUUUGAUUUUCUUGAAAAAAAGAGUGGGUUAGAUUUUAAAUGUAUUGAUUUCCCAACACCAAUAAAUCAAAUUAAAAAAUUUGAACGUUUAAAUAAUGUUUCAGUUAAUGUUUAUAGUUUAAAUAAUAAAGGUACUAUUUUCCCUCUAUUUAUAAAUAAUAAAGAAGAAAAAAAUCAUUUUGAUUUAUUUUUUGUCAAUAAUCAUAAAACAUCACAUUAUUGUUAUAUUAAAGAUUUUUCAAGAUUUAUUAGAAGUCAGAAAACUAAAAAUUGUUCUAAAUUAAUUAUUUGUAAGAGGUGUUUUACAACUUUUGGAAAUAAACCAUGUAAAAGUAAACUUUGGGGUGAAACAGGAUUAACUGAACAUAAAAAAAUGUGUAGUAAGAAUAAAUUAGGAAGACCGAUAAUGUUUGAAGAAGGAAAAGAAAAUAAAUUCAUAUUUUUUAAAAGUUAUAAAAAAACUUCUAGAAUACCAUUUGUUAUUUAUGCUGACUUUGAAUGUAUUUUAAAACCUAAACAGACAAAUGAAUUCACUAAUACUAGUAAAACUUAUAUCACACAUUUACAUGAAAUUAUGAGUUAUGCAUUUUAUGUAAAAGUUGACUAUAAUAUUAUCACAGAAAAGUUAAUGCAACAGUUUAAAAUUCCAACAAACAUAAUAAUUUAUAGAGGUAUUGAUGCGGCAAAAAAUUUUAUGGAAAAUAUGAUUGAUAUUUCAAAAAAAAUAAAUGAUAUUUAUCAAAUUAAUGUACCAAUGAUUACGUUGACUGAAAAGGAGGAAAAAGAAUUUCAAAUAGCAAAGGUUUGUAAAAUAUGUUUAUUAUCUUUUGAAGAAAAUGAAUUAUUUAAAGUUAGAGAUCACUGUCAUAUUACUGGUAAAUAUAGACAAUGUAUUUGUUUUAAAUGUAAUUUUGAAAUAACCAACCCAUCAUUUGUUCCAAUUUUUUUUCAUAACUUAUCUUACGAUAGUCACUUUAUAAUUCGAGAACUUGGUUUUGAUGAUAAGAAUAUACAUGUUAUUCCAAAUUCUGUAGAAAAAUAUAUAUCUUUUAGUAAAGAGGUUGCUCCGAGAUUUAGUAUAAAAUUCGUUGAUACAUUCCGUUUUAUGGCCUCCUCAUUAAGCGAGCUUGCAAAAAAUUUACUUGAAGAUAAAUCAAGGUUUAAAGAAACUUUAAAAUUAUUUUCUAAUAAAACAUUUGAUUUAGUCACACGAAAAGGGGUUUUCCCUUAUGAGUAUAUUGAUAGUUGGAGUAAAUUAAACGAAACUCGAUUACCUUCAAAAUCUGCAUUUUAUAACUCUUUAAAAAAUGAAGAAAUUGAUCUUUAUUUGAAAACUGAUGUCACCAUACUAACGGAUGUGUUCGAAAAUUUUAGAGAUUUAUGUUUAUCUACUCUUAGUCUAGAUCCUGCUCAUUAUAUGACUGCUCCAGGCUUUGCUUUCGAUUGUAUGCUUAAAUAUACUAAGGUUAAAUUAGAAAAAUUGGCUGAUUAUAACAUGCUUUUAUAUUUUGAAUCCUCAAUCAGAGGGGGUAUCUGUCAAUCAGUUAAAAGAUAUGCUAAAGCAAACAUACCAAACAUUAAAGGUUUGAACUAUAAUCCUAAUAAAUCAAUUUCAUGGAUUACAUAUCUUGAUUGUGUAAAUUUAUAUGGAAAAUCGAUGUUAACUGAGCUACCUUUCAAAGAUUUCGAAUGGGUUGAUGACUUGAACAUAGAUGUUACUAAAAUUCCUGAUGAUUCAAAAGUCGGAUAUAUAUUAGAAGUUGAUAUUGAUUAUCCUGAAUAUUUACAUGAAAAACAUAAUGAUUUCCCGUUUUUACCUUUAAACGAAUGUCCUCCAAAUUCAAAACUUCAUAUGGUGUACAUUUAA